GGCUGCGCAGCGAGCGUUAUAUCUACAUAUAUAUAUAUGAAAAUUAAAUUGCUCUUGUGUGUGAUUUGUCUGUUGUGCUUUUGUUGUUGUUUGUUUUAGCUUUUGCUUCUGCUGCUGCAGUUGCUGCCGCAAAGUGAAGGCGCAGCCGCAGCCUAAAUGAGUUGUGUGUGCAUGUGGCACAAACAUUUUAAUUGAGAAAAAUAUAAAUCGCAAGCACUGUUAAUUGUGUUAUGUUUUAAAUCACAUUCACAUUUAUUUGUAUUUUGUUUUCUUUGCUCGCGUCGCCGUCGCCGACGUCUCUGCAACUGAGCGCUGCCCAACGCGACGUACGCACGCGUGUUGAAAGUUUUGUAUUUUUUUCUUGCUUUUCUGGAAGUGUGUGUGUUAUAUGUUGUCAUAGCCAAGUGUUAAUAUUGUCUUUUAUUAUUAUUAUUGUUUUUUUUUUAUUGCUGUUAAUUUUGCUCAUUGCUCUAAUCAAUGUUCUCCGCUGCCAAUGGGAAAAUUAAGUUGCCGCCUCACGACACGGAUGCGGCCGCCUCGUCGACGCUGCGCUGCCUCCUAAAUGGACCCUUUCGGGAUCUACACUUUAAUGUAUCCGAUCAUCGGCUAAUUCCAGUGCACGAUGUCGUCUUCCUUGACGACAUCGAAUGCAAUGUAAAGCCGCUCAUCUACAGACCCGUGCUGCCAGAGACAACGUUGACAGCAAUGCCAACGCCGACGUCGCAGCCGCCGCCAACGAUUUUUACGUCGCGGCUGAAGUCAGCUGUAGCUGCCGAUAGCAGCGAUACGUGAGUAGACCAACGAUUUCUUUAUCAACAUAACAUUAAGCAACAAAAGUGAAAGUCAAAUAUAAUAACGUAAUACCAGGUAUUUACCAUGACAAUUGAGAUAUAUUUUAAUGCCCGC